AAAAAUUGAAAAAUCAUAAUUAUGAUUUUGGAUUUCCUGAGUCACCCGAUCGCGAACCCGGAACCUUUGAAAAUCUGGUACUUUGAUGCUUAGAUAGUGUCUUUUGUUCUUCAACAUAAUUUAAGUUUUGAGUUAUUUUCACAUUUUAAAGACCGAAGAUGUUUAAUAUAGGUUGUUGGAACCUUGUAACUAUACUGUUCCAAGUAAGAAGGGAACGGUCAUUGUGAAAAACUAUUAAAAGUUUGCGCAUCUCACUGGCAAUAAUGGUUGAUUAUUACCUUAGAAUGAUGCGCAUGACAGUCGGCAGUGACUAAUCAUUCAUAUAAUGGGACCAACUGUGUUCCAGAGCUCAGUGUGCGUGUUUGAAAGUGUUCCUUUCUUAUUUGGAACAGAGUUUAGAACUGAAGAAAUAUGGAAGUUGACGAAGAAGAUGUUGAAGCUCCGUCAUCAAGCACCAGUAGUCGUGGGGAAAAGAAAAGAUUUGAAGUAAAGAAAUGGAAUGCUGUUGCUUUAUGGGCUUGGGACAUUGUUGUGGACAAUUGUGCCAUUUGUCGUAAUCACAUCAUGGACUUAUGCAUUGAAUGUCAAGCCAAUCAAGCAUCAGCGACUAGUGAAGAAUGUACAGUUGCGUGGGGCGUGUGUAAUCAUGCUUUUCAUUUUCACUGCAUAUCUCGUUGGUUAAAAACUCGCCAAGUAUGUCCUCUAGAUAAUAGAGAGUGGGAAUUCCAGAAGUACGGUCAUUAAUAGAAAUACAUUUUAUGUUUUAACCUACAUUUUUUCAUUUCUUGUUUGGAAAAUAAAAAUUUUUAAAGAAAAAAAUUAGAUUCUCAAUCAAAACCACUUUCCUCAAUUUCAUUUUUAUUUUUUUUCAUAUCAAACUAUUUUAUAAGAGAUUAUCCUUUAAAAUGUUAAAUUAAUUACAUUAUACAAUAAAAGCGCCUGUCUACUAUGAAAAUAAC